GAUUCGCCCCCACACACCCCCACUGCGCGUUUCACGCCAACAUAGACAGAGAUCCUUGUGUCGUCCGGGUGAGUGUUAUAAAUAGAGAUCCUUGCGCCGUUGCACCAAGCUUCUUUUUCUUCUUUUUUUCUCUCUUUUCACUCCCAAAAACACCACUCUCUGUUAUUCCUCUUUCACACAUGAUGGAGCCCAGCAAACACCACCAACGCCACCAGAACAAGACCAAGAAAAAGUGGUUCCUCCCACUAAUCCUCUCCCUCCUCAUAUCCACCUUCCUCAUCCUCCUCUCCGUCAUCGUUUCCUCCAACUCACCCUCCCAGCGGUGGCACCACCAUCACCGAGCCCCAGUCCCAAAGGAAGUGGUGCCCCGUUUCGUCGAGUCCAAGCUGAAGAUAAGUCCCACAUCGACCCACUUGGUUCCGAGAAUCGCGUAUUUAAUCUCGGGCUCAAUGGGAGACGGUGAAAGUCUCAAAAGGACGCUGAAGGCUUUGUACCAUCCUUUAAACCACUACGCAGUGCACUUGGACCUCGAGGCCUCUUCCAAGGAGAGGUUGGACCUCGCCAAUUUCGUUAGGAACGAGCCUCUCUUUGAGAAGUUCGGGAAUGUUAGAACGGUGGUUAAGGCUAACUUGGUAACUUAUAGAGGCCCCACUAUGGUGACUAAUACCCUUCAGGCUGCGGCCAUUUUGUUGAACGAAGCUCAGGAUUGGGAUUGGUUCAUUAAUUUGAGUGCUUCUGAUUAUCCUUUGGUAACCCAAGAUGAUCUGCUGCAUACGCUUUCUUCUAUUCCCAGACACCUGAAUUUCAUUGAACACACCAGUGAUAUUGGUUGGAAGGAGUAUCACAGGGCCAAGCCAGUUAUAAUUGAUCCAGGCCUUUAUAGCGUGAAUAAAUCUGAUGUAUUUUGGGUAUCGGAGAAAAGAAAUGUACCCACAGCUUAUAAAUUGUUUACAGGUUCUGCCUGGAUGAUGCUCUCUCGCCCAUUUAUUGAAUACUGUAUAUGGGGGUGGGACAACUUACCUAGAAUAGUCUUGAUGUAUUAUGCCAACUUUCUGUCUUCCCCGGAAGGGUAUUUUCACACAGUCAUCUGCAAUGCUGACGAGUUUCGAAACACUACCGUUAAUCACGACCUCCACUUCAUAUCAUGGGACAACCCUCCAAAACAACACCCGCAUUUUCUUACAGUUGAUGACUACCAGAAAAUGGUGGACAGCAAUGCUCCUUUUGCUAGGAAAUUUGGCAGGAACGAACCAGUCUUGGAUAAGAUUGAUACUGAACUCUUGGGACAAAAUGCAGUUGGUUAUGUUCCUGGCAGGUGGUUCAGUCAAGCAAAUUCAAGCAUCACUAAUAAGUAUUCUGGCAUAAGAAAUAUCACUGACCUAAGGCCUGGCCCUGGAGCUGAAAGGCUUGGACGCCUUAUCAAUGGUUUAUUAUCAGCAGAAAAUUUUCACGCAAAUCAGUGUUCUUGACACGAGUUUGGAAUGCCUAUUAUGCUCAUUGCUGCUCUUCCAUCAUCUAACAACUGAGGUGAAAAAUUCAUUUCUUCAGUUGAUGCCCAAGGUUGCUGUUAUGAGAUCAAACAUGAUAUAUGAGUAAACACAAGGGAAAACAGACCUUUGACUUGAUGUUCUAAAUGAAAUUUAUAUCAGGAUCACGAGUAUCAAAAUCUAUCAGCUGGUUCACAUGAAUUAUUAAACUAUACUGGAUGACAAGUCAUUGAUGCAACUGUUGUACUCUGUAUGAGAUUUAUAGCAUAUAUGACAUAUAAUUACACAUCACAUGGGCAACAUGCUUAUUGGGAUGGAGCUGAAAUAAGCCAGUGUAAAAUAUUCUCCAAAUUCUUUUUGCAAUGCCAUGUUAGCUGCAGCAUAUCCUGUGUA